AUGUCCGUGGCGGCUGCCAACACCCCGAACGAGUAUAUCCUCAGCUUGACGCUGGAGCAGAUCGACCAGGACCAGAAGAUCGGCAUCAAGGCCAUCCGGCUAUUUCUCCAGCUGAAAACGCUGUACGACGUGUUGCCGGUGCUGUACCGGCUUGUGGUGCUCGACACGCUGUUGUUGGUGAAAAAACUGCUCACGAUCUUGCUCCAGAACAACAUCGUGCUGGCCCCGUUGUGGAACCUGAAGACACUGCGGUUCGACGGGUUGUUGACCCUGCUGGACUUUGUCAACGUCAUCCAGUACUAUUUCCAGAACCCGGACAAGUACGAGUUGGUCGACCAGCUCACGUUGGACGGGUUACGCGAUAUCGAGCGGGCGAUCGGCGCCCAGCCCAUCGAGACGAUCCUGAUCCACCCGUUUAAGCUGUUGUACGAAGCCUGUGUCAACAUGCUCCAGCUGAGAGCGCGCCGGGUGCCGUUGAUCGACGAGGACGAAAAGACCCACCGCGAGAUCGUGGUGCUGGUUUUAACUCAGUACCGUAUCCUUAAGUUCGUGGCGCUUAAUUGUAAAGAGACCAAGAUGUUACUUAAACCGAUAAAGCACUUGCCGGGGCUCGGCGAGGCUAAGCCCAUCGCUACCUGUACCAUGAACACUCGCGUGAUCGAUAUCAUCCACUUGUUAGCGGAAAAACUGGUGCUGUCGGUGCCCGUGGUCGACGACCAAGGCAAAUUGAUUAACGUCUACGAAGUCGUCGACAUCUUGGGGUUGGUGAAAGGCGGCAACUUCAACGAGCUCGACCUUACUAUCGGCGACGCCCUCUUAAGGCGUCCCGAAGACUUUGAAGGGGUGCACACGUGUACGUUCAACGACCGGUUGAGCACGAUCAUGGACACCAUCCGCAAGUCGCGCUUGCACCGGUUGUUUGUCGUCGACGACGAGUGCAAGUUGGUGUCGGUGAUCACGUUGAGCGACAUUUUGCACUACAUUCUCUUUGGCGAAGACCUCCUGGACUAA